GUUUAAUACUUGAAAGAUAUUAUUUUUAAUUUUUCUAUUUUGAAAAUAAGUAGGUGUUGCAUAAACAAAUUUGCCUAUAACUAUUGAAUCCUAUUUUAGAUUAAUAUGGAUUUUGGUCAUUUAUUCCCUAAAAAAGACCAAUGCCUUAUCCAAAAAUUUGACAUUUUUAAAGAAAAGUUAAAAUUAUAUUUAAAAAAUAGAGAAGUCAAUUUGAAUUUGAAUGAACAAAACUUGGUUAAGAAAAUUUUAACACCUGACAUAUUGGGAGAUGAUGAUUUAGCUGUAAUUCAAAUAUUGCCUUACCUAUUCAAGCCAGUAAAUAUUAAAGUCCCCAAAAAGACAACAACUGAUGAAAAUGUUUCUAAAUACUUAAUGAGGAAACCAUCAAAACUGGAACAAGCUAGUGCUGUCAUAGUCAACAUUACUAAUGUGAAUGAUCUCAAGACAACUCAUGAACAUAAAAUCAACAGAGCAUUCAAUUCUGGUCUAACGGUUCAACCAUACGUUGCCAUUGUGGGGAAUCAAGAAUUAAAUUCAAAUAAUACAAUUGACUACUAUACAGUAAUAAAUGAUAUUUAUUAUAAAUUUGAAACCCCCGUUAAAGCCUUAGACAUAUGUUUCAAAUCGUUUCAUGCAUUAAAUUUGCAAUAUCCCCAAGAAGCUGAACAAGUUUGGUGGUUUAUUCAAGAUUAUUUUUUUAAAAUAAUAGAUAAAUCAAAAAAAAAGUUUAUAGGCGUACAGUGUUUAAUAAAAGAUUUAGAAUCACUAUAGUUAAUUACUAAUAGUUAGUACCUAUGUAAUAACUUAUUACCUAUCUAAAUUUAAAAAAUGUCUUUUGUAAUAUAUUAAUAUCUGUAAA